CAGGCUGGCAGAGCAGGGCCCCGGCCCAGACCCCCUGCACCUGCUCGGUGAUACCUAUGUGUCUGCAUGUGCCCUUGUCAGAGCCCUCUGGCCUGGACCCCCCGAGUUCUGAGGCUGAGACGCGAGGAGAUUCCGAGCCGGGGAGAGAAGUGGUACCUAUGACAAGAGGCAGCCGUGGAGAAAGGGUAGGCGCGGUGCCCGGGGCGAACAGACCUCGCUGACUGAAGGCAAGGACUCCCGCACAGCCCACCACCUCCCUGCGGCCUCGCUGUCCCUCCCGUAGAAGGGGUCCCGCAGCUGCAGGGUGUGCUUUGGCAUGGACUUCGGACCCCCGGCCCUUGGGAAGCAAAGGAUGAAGUGACGCCCCUACUGCAGAAGAGGAGCCUCCAGGACCCGCUACGAGAGUUUGGGACCAAAGAGAGGAGCAUGGAUCUCGGUACAGCUGAAGGCACCCGGUGCACCGACCCGCCCACAGGCAAGCCCGCGAUGGCGGCCAAGCGCAAAGGCGGCCUGAAACUCAACGCCAUCUGCGCCAAGCUGAGCCGCCAGGUGGUGGUGGAGAAGGGGGCAGAGGCCGGCGCCCACACGGAGGGCAGCCCACUGAGGCCCCAGGACAAAGAGCGCGGUGGCCCUGAGCCAGGGGGGGCCCGGGCCCCCCGCAGCGAAGAAGACAAGAGGCGGGCAGUGAUCGAAAAGUGGGUCAACGGGGAGUACAGCGAGGAGCCGGCGCCCGCUCCCCUGCCGGGGCGGCCCGCCCGCGAGGGCCUGGAGCUGCCACCCGAGGGCGUGUACAUGGUGCAGCCCCGGGGCUGCAGCGACGAGGAGGACCACGGCGAGGAGCCCAAGGAUGGCGCGGCCCAGAAGGACGCGGACAGGGCAGCCUCCAAGGACAGCGGUGGCCCCAGUGCCAAGCAGCCCUCAGGAGAGGCCUCCUCGCUGCGGGACUACGCGGCCUCCACCAUGACCGAGUUCCUGGGCAUGUUCGGCUACGACGACCAGAACACGAGGGACGAGCUGGCCAGGAAGAUCAGCUUCGAGAAGCUGCACGCAGGCUCCGCCCCCGAGGUGGCCACCUCCUCCGCGCUGCCCGCCGGGGAGGACGCCCUCAGCAAGCGGGCGCGUUUCUCCAAGUACGAGGAGUACAUCCGGAAGCUCAAGGCGGGCGAGCAGCUCUCCUGGCCGGCCCACGGCACCAAGGCCGAGGAGCGCGCCGGCAAGGACGCCCUGGGCCCCCUGCCCGGCCUGCGGCUGCCCAGCCACACGGCGCACCUGGAGACCAAGGCCACCAUCCUGCCGCUGCCCUCGCACAGCACCGUCCCCAUGCAGGGCCUGGUGGCCCGGGCCUCCAAGUACGACUUCUUCAUCCAGAAACUGAAGACGGGCGAGAACCUGCGGCCCCAGAACGGGAGCACCUACAAGAAGCCGUCCAAGUACGACCUGGAGAACGUCAAGUACCUGCACCUCUUCAAACCCGGGGAGGGCAGCCCCGACAUGGGCGGCGCCAUCGCCUUCAAGACGGGCAAGGUGGGGCGCCCCUCCAAGUACGACGUCCGGGCCAUCCAGAAGCCGGGCCCUGCCAAGGUGCCCCCCGCUCCCAGCCUGGCUCCUGCUCCCCUCGCCAGCGUGCCCAGUGCUCCCAGCGCCGCUGGGCCGGGCCCCGAGCCAUCUGCCACCCUGCCCUUCAACACUCCCGAGUACCUGAAGUCGACCUUCUCCAAAACAGACUCCAUCACCACGGGGACCGUCUCCACCGUCAAGAACGGAUUACCCACAGAUAAGCCAGCUGUCACCGAAGAUGUAAACAUUUACCAGAAAUAUAUUGCCAGGUUCUCGGGCAGCCAGCACUGCGGCCACAUCCACUGCGCCUACCAGUACCGCGAGCACUACCACUGCCUGGACCCUGAGUGCAACUACCAGAGGUUCACGAGCAAGCAGGACGUGAUCCGGCACUACAACAUGCACAAGAAGCGCGACAACUCCCUGCAGCACGGCUUCAUGCGCUUCAGCCCGCUGGACGACUGCAGCGUCUACUACCACGGCUGCCACCUCAACGGGAAGAGCACCCACUACCACUGCAUGCAGGUUGGCUGUAACAAGGUGUACACGAGCACGUCGGACGUGAUGACGCACGAGAACUUCCACAAGAAGAACACGCAGCUCAUCAACGACGGCUUCCAGCGCUUCCGGGCCACCGAGGACUGCGGCACGGCCGACUGCCAGUUCUACGGGCAGAAGACCACACACUUCCACUGCAGGCGCCCCGGCUGCACAUUCACCUUCAAGAACAAGUGUGACAUCGAGAAGCACAAGAGCUACCACAUCAAGGACGACGCCUACGCCAAGGACGGCUUCAAGAAGUUCUACAAGUACGAGGAGUGCAAGUACGAGGGCUGCGUGUACAGCAAGGCCACCAACCACUUCCACUGCAUCCGCGCCGGCUGCGGCUUCACCUUCACCUCCACCAGCCAGAUGACCUCGCACAAGCGCAAGCACGAGCGCCGGCACAUCCGCUCGUCGGGCGUGCUGGGGCUGCCGCCCUCGCUGCUGGGCGCCAAGGACACCGAGCAGGAGGAGUCCAGCAACGACGACCUGGUGGACUUCUCUGCCCUGAGCAGCAAGAACUCCAGCCUGAGCGCCUCCCCCACCAGCCAGCAGUCCUCCGCCUCCCUGGCCACCGCCACCGCCACCGCCACCGCCGAGGCCGUGCCCGGGGCCACCAAGCCUCCCAACAGCAAGAUCUCUGGGCUGCUGUCCCAGGGCCUGCCUGGCUCCAUCCCCCUGGCCCUGGCCCUCUCCAACUCGGGCCUGCCCACUGCUGCCUCCUACUUCCCCAUCCUCCCGGGCAGGGGCAGCGCCUCCCUGCCUGUGGGCACCCCCGGCCUCAUGGGUGCCAUGUCGUCCGGGGCAGCAGCCGCGGCAACACCUGACACAGCCACUCUGGGCGCCUCGGGAGCUGGUGACUCAGCCCCCGCCACCGCCACCGCCGCCUCUGUCUCGGUGCCCCCCGCCUCCAUCAUGGAGAGGAUCUCUGCGAGCAAGGGCCUCAUCUCGCCCAUGAUGGCCAGGCUGGCCGCGGCCGCCCUCAAGCCCUCUGCCACCUUUGAUCCAGGAAAUGGGCAGCAGGCCUCCCCCGCCAGGUUCCCCCCGGCCCCGGUGACGCAGGAGCCUGGUGAGAACGCUGGUGCCCCAGGUUCCCACGAGGCCUCCCAGGACCGCAGUGUAGACCUGACUGUGAAGGACCCCAGUAAUGAAUCAAAUGGCCACGCAGUCCCGGCAAAUUCAUCUCUUUUAUCCUCGCUUAUGAAUAAGAUGUCUCAGGGCAACCCCAACCUCGGCAGCCUGUUGAACAUCAAGACGGAAGCAGAGGGGAGUCCUAAUGUGGAGGCCUUGCCCUUCCUGGGCAAGGCUGCGAAGGCGCUGGUUCAGGAGAAGCUGCCAGAGCCCUGGAAGUUGUACCUUCGCAGGUUCGGUACCAAGGACUUCUGCGACGCCCAGUGUGACUUCCUUCACAAGGCCCACUUCCACUGCGUGGUGGAGGAGUGCGGCGCCCUUUUCAGCACCCUGGACGGGGCCAUCAAGCAUGCCAAUUUCCACUUCCGGACGGAGGGAGGAGCCGCGAAAGGCAAUGCGGAGGCCUCCUUCCCGACCUCGGCUGCUGAGACCAAACCUUCCUUGGCCCCCUCAUCCCCGCCGGCACCGCCCGUCACCACGGCCACGGUGUCCUCUCUGGAGGGACCCACUCCCAGCCUGGCCGCGGUGCCCUCCGCCCCCACCCUGCUCGCCUGGAAGCAGCUGGCUUCCACCAUACCCCAGAUGCCUCAGAUUCCAACAUCAGUGCCUCACCUGCCCACUUCGCCCUUGGCAACGACUUCUCUAGAAAACGCCAAGCCCCAGGUCAAACCCGGAUUCCUCCAGUUCCAGGAGAACGAUCCUUGCCUGGCGACGGACUGCAAGUAUGCCAACAAGUUCCACUUCCACUGUCUCUUUGGGAACUGCAAGUACGUCUGCAAGACCUCCGGCAAGGCCGAGUCCCACUGCCUGGACCACAUCAACCCCAACAACAACCUGGUGAACGUGCGAGACCAGUUCGCUUACUACUCCCUGCAGUGUCUCUGUCCCAACCAGCACUGCGAGUUCCGGAUGCGCGGCCACUACCACUGCCUCCGGACCGGCUGCUACUUCGUGACCAACAUCACCACCAAGCUGCCGUGGCACAUAAAGAAGCACGAGAAAGCUGAGCGGCGGGCAGCCAACGGGUUCAAGUACUUCACCAAGCGCGAGGAGUGCGGCCGGCUAGGCUGCAAGUACAACCAGGUGAACAGCCACUUCCACUGCAUCCGCGAGGGCUGCCAGUUCUCCUUCCUCCUCAAGCACCAGAUGACCUCCCACGCCCGCAAGCACAUGCGGAGGAUGCUGGGGAAGAAUUUCGACCGCGUGCCCGCCUCCCAGGGCCCCCCGAGCCUGAUGGACACGGAGACAGAUGAGUACAUGGACUACACCGGCUGCAGCCCGGGCGCCGUGUCCUCUGAGUCGUCCACCAUGGACCGGAGCUGCUCCAGCACCCCCGUGGGCAAUGAGAGCACAGCCGCAGGGAACACCAUCUCCAUGCCGACCGCCUCAGGGGCCAAGAAGCGCUUCUGGAUCAUCGAGGACAUGUCCCCGUUCGGGAAGCGGCGCAAGACGGCCUCCUCUCGCAAGAUGCUGGACGAGGGCAUGAUGCUGGAGGGCUUCCGGCGCUUCGACCUCUACGAGGACUGCAAGGACGCGGCCUGCCAGUUCUCGCUCAAGGUCACGCACUACCACUGCACGCGCGAGAACUGCGGCUACAAGUUCUGCGGGCGCACGCACAUGUACAAGCACGCGCAGCACCACGACCGCGUGGACAACCUCGUGCUGGACGACUUCAAGCGCUUCAAGGCCUCGCUCAGCUGCCACUUCGCCGACUGCCCCUUCUCGGGCACCAGCACGCACUUCCACUGCCUGCGCUGCCGCUUCCGCUGCACCGACAGCACCAAGGUCACGGCGCACCGCAAGCACCACGGCAAGCAGGACGUGAUCAGCGCGGCCGGCUUCUGCCAGUUCAGCUCGAGCGCGGACUGCGCCGUGCCCGACUGCAAGUACAAGCUCAAGUGCUCGCACUUCCACUGCACCUACCCCGGCUGCCGCCACACGGUCGUGGGCAUGUCGCAGAUGGACUCGCACAAGCGCAAGCACGAGAAGCAGGAGCGCGGCGAGCCGGGCCCCGAGGGUCCCGCGCCCGGCCCGGCCGGAGGCCUGGACAGCUCGCUGUCGCUGGGCCCCGAGCCCGCGGGCUCCCUGCUCUUCCUGCAAAGGGCCGCCGGCCUGGGCCUGGAGCUGGGCGACGCGGGCGACCCCGGCCCGCCCGACGGCCCCGCGGCCCGCGACGGCCCCGCCCCCGCGCCCGCGCCCGGCCCCGCGGCUGGGGAGUCGUCCCCGGAGGACGAGGAGGACGAGGAGGAGCUGAACGAGGAGGCGGAGGACGAGGACGAGGACGAAGAGGACGAGGACGAUGAUGACGAGGACGACGACGACGAGGACGACGAGGACCUGCGCACCGACUCGGAGGAGUCGCUGCCCGAGGCGGGGCCGGGCGCACGGAGCCCGGAGCGGGCGGGCCUGGGCGGUCCCGCGCCCCCCGCGCCCGCAGCGCCCGCCGCUGCCUCGCCCUAGCCGCCGGGCCCCGCGGGGGACGGCCGCCCGCCUCGGGGGCCCGCCCCUUUGUUUAUUAUUAUUAUUGUUAUUAAUUUUGUAAGAAAUGGUAUUUAUACGUCAAGCUUCCCUCUGUACAGAGCUAGAUGUUUGUCGUGGUUCCGGCGUCGGGGCGCUCCGGGCUCGCCCCCCUCGCCGCCCCGCCGGUGCUUCCGGACCCCGAGUCCGUCUCAGGGCAGAGGCGGGGCCUGUCUGGUGCUCCGGGGCGCCCCGCGCCCGCCGCCCGCCCGCGCAGCCCCGCGUUGGGAAGGACUGGCUGCGAGGGCCCCUUUCUGGCUGCAGGUCGGGGGUCUUCUUCAGGGAAUUAGGUGCUCUUGUCCGGGGUAGGAGAGGGGAGCAGGGGUCCCCGAGGGCGAGGCGGGCGCAGACCCCGGGCAGCUGCCCCCAGCGAUCCUCCCCGGGCCCCAAGCCCACGCCAGUGGGAUUCCUUAUUGCUCAGGACGGGGUCGGGUGCUGGGGGUCACUGGGACCCCCACCCGUAACCACCAGAGGCAGCCGCACCUGUAGCAUCUGGCAGGCCCUCCCUUUGCCCUGGGGGAGGGCGGGGCGAAGGCGUCAGCAGGGCGACCGUACAGGGCCUGGGAGGACACCUCAUGGAAUUAGGAGCUCCCUGGUCGCGCUGUCCCCACGGCAGGGCUGGCCGGGCACCUGCUCCCGAGGGCUGGGGACGCAGGGGCGCCCUGGGCCUGCCAGGGGACUGCCCCGCACCAGCCCCGGGGAAGGCUGUGUUCCCUCCUAGAGGGAGAGGUGCUGAGCCCGCCAGGUCUCAGCCGGGAGAGAUGCGACUGGGGCUUUAAUAUUCAAAAUGGAAAAAAAAGCAAGAAAGUUGUACAGUAUUUUUCCUGUCAAGGUUAUUAUUCUACAUAGAACAAAAAGAGAAAAAAGCCGGCGGGAGGUGAGGGCGCCGCCCCACCUCCGCCCGCCCUGAGGUUGGAGACAGUGCGAUGGCUCCUGGGGCUGUUGGGCGUGUACCCGAGGCCUAAGGCCGCGGCCGUCUCUACACUAGCACUGGCGGGAGCUACUCGAUUCCAACUUUUCACUUGAAUUUUUUAGAGGCCAGAGAAAAGGACUAUUACCAUUGAUACAAGUUUGUAGUUAACAUUUGAGUUUUUCUCUAUCGGUUAUGUGUGUGGCUUUAUAGGGCUUUUUUUUUUUUCUUUCCCAGUUUAUUAUUUUGUUUGGGAUGCUUCUUUGUUGGUGUUACCCACCCAGAUCUGGUUCCCUUUUCAAAACAUCCCUCCUUCCUGGAGAUGGUAUCACCAGGCCCCGAGCGGCCGGCCUGACAGGCACCGGCCCGGCCAGUGGCUAUGAGGGCAACAGGGACCCACGACCGGGCCUCCUGUCCACCUCCUCUCCACUCCAGGCUCCCAGCUGGUCUCCGGUGGCCGAGACUCCGGCCACAGGAAGAGAGCAAGGCCCAGCCUGGGGGAAGGCCUGUCACCCAGAGCCACCUCCCUACAGGUCUCCAAGGGGAGCCCCACCCAACUGGGAGCCGUGGCGUCCUCUUUCUUUCUUUUUUUCUGUUUUGUCCUCUGGCCUGCCCACAGCCAGAAGCCAGGAUCAUCGGAACUGGAGAGGGAGCGGGGAGGGAGGACGGUCAGACGGAGUGUGCCUGAUUCACCGGGAAACAUCGCGUUUCUAGAACAGCCCCACCAGAGCCUCCUGAAUUCUGUGGGCACCACGUGCUGCUGAGCGCUCGCCCAGACUGUGCCCGGCCACAGACCCGGGAGUCUGUGGAGGAAGUUUUGUAAAGAAAAAAAAACAAAAACAAAACAUUUUUCAAUGUAGCAAAAUCAAACAAAAACAAACAAAACAAAAAAAAAGAAAAGAAAAAAGAAGACGCCGACAGUUCGAAGUCUAGCCUUUUGUAACCUUCAUAUUGCACACUAGGACUAUAAGCCAUUGCUAGCUCAUUUUGAAUUUUAAUGUGUAAUUUUUGUUUUAUUUUCUUUCUGUGGGGAAAACGAUGCUUGAUCCACCAAUGCUCUUUUUAAUGUUUUAUAACUAUGUAUGUGUAUAUAUAUAAAUAUAAAAUAAUAUGUAUGCACAUAUGUGUGUAUAUAUCUAUAUGUAUAUACAUAUAUAGAUAUAUAGAGAUAUAUAGAGAGGUUUUGAGACAAAAAAUGCAGAACGUGAGAACCGAACUGAACAGCGUGUGCUCUGAUUACUUGAAUCUGGUCUCCUCGGCACCUGGUUAUUAAGAACUGAAUAUUUUUCCACUUGAAUUUAGUGCUAUUAGAAAUUUAAUAUAUGUGUUUUAUUUAUUUGAUUUUUUUUUUGCAUGACUGAUGCAAGGUUUGACAUUUUCACUCAAUAAAAACUGGAAAAAAAAA